AUGUUUUUAAGAAGCCGUGUCUCUGCACGCAGUUUGGAUGGACUUGGAAAUGUUGUUCGUAACAUUCAUGUCUCUAGAGUAGUUAAAGAUUACUCCAAUGAUACUUCUGCUGCUAAGCCAUCUGGUUAUGGUUCCUCAGCUGCCAAGUCUUCUAGUUACGGCUCUUCUGCCUCCAAGUCGUCUAAUUAUGGAUCUUCUGGAGCCACUAAGUCUGCUACUAACUUCCCGACUGGUGCAUCCCUUGCAUCGACUGCUGCUCCCGCUACGACUUCCAUUGCAGUUAAACGAGUCCCAGGUUAUACUACCACACUGGAGAAGAAGCUGAAUGGUGGCGUUCUAGGGAAUAUCGAGGCUAGUUCUGGUAAUGCAGUAGAAAAUGUACCAGGCGAUAUUGAUUGGUACAAAUCGUGGCAUAAAAUUGGUUCCAGCCCAUUUCCACAGAAAGUCCAAACCGAAUUGGAAAAACCUUUGGACCUUGAGGACAUCGAAAUCAAACCAGAUGGACUGAUCUACUUACCUGAAAUCAAAUACCGUAGAAUACUUAAUAGAGCAUUUGGUGCAGGUGGAUGGGGUCUUGCCCCAAGAAGCGACACCAUCGUCACUCAAAAAUUGGUCACAAGAGAGUAUGCUCUUAUCUGCUUAGGCCAAUUGGUCGGUGUUGCAAGAGGUGAACAAGACUACUUCAGUGAGUCAGGUAUUCCAACAGCUACGGAAGGUUGCAAAAGUAAUGCCUUGAUGAGAUGUUGUAAAGAUUUAGGCAUUGGGUCCGAACUAUGGGAUCCAGUAUUCAUUAAGAAGUAUAAAAAGGAGCAUUGUGUUGAAAAGUUUGUCGAACACGUAACUACCCAAAAGAAGAAAAAGAUAUGGCUGAGAAAAGGAAGACCAGUCGAAUAUCCAUAUAAAUAA